GGGUAAGAUGUGGAUUAGGACACCAUGUAGCCAGGAUUUGAUGAAUGAUAGUGAGUGUUCAUCCUAGGGAAGCCCCCACCCCCAAAUGGUUUGCUGGUGAGGCAUGGAGAGUCUAGCAUUUAUGUACCUGGUCUGGAGUGAGGCUGGGGUGGUGGGCAACAGCACUCCUGAUUCCUGACCCCUCUUUUCCCUCACCUUCUGUGAUUUCAGUCUCCCUAAGUUUAUGGCCUCUGAGAAUAGCUCAACUAGGACAUCAGAAGGAGGCAAGUGGAGGAGCACAGGAGGGAGGCAGGCUGCAGGCUGCAGGCGGAGCUACACACAGGAACACAGCAGCUCUACUUCCUGUGGGUGAGGGGCCUGAUGCCUGCCCGUAGGGGGUGACUGCACAAACCUUUCUGCACAGGCUGCCUGCCCGCCCAGCCUCUGUACCUACCUGCCUCUCUCUCUGGCCACUGGCUCCCAUCUGGGGCUGGCAUUCCUGCUAAGUCCUGAAGCCUGGGCUGUGUCCUCUAUCACCAUGGGGCUGGCAAGGGGUUGGGCCGGAAACCAGAACCCGCCCUUCAUCACUGGGCAGCGCUCCUUCCUCAUUUUGCUGCUGAUUCUAACCCCAAACAAAACAGAUUGAGCUCUUUUGCUCCCUCUGGCAGCUCAUCUCUAGCUUGUGGGUGUCUUCUGAGGUGCUGCAGACAGCAUCAGCCAAGUCGGGGACGACUGGGCCAACACUGUCAGUACUGGGGCAGUGUGCCUGGUUCCUGGACCUCGUUCAACCCUGUCUGUGGGAGGAGAGAAAGCUUUGUCGUGGCAGCCUGAGGAUGAUGCCCCAGCUUCAAUUCAGAGAUGCCUUUUGGUGCAGGGACUUCACAGCCCACACAGGCUACGAGAUGCUGCUGCAGCGGCUGCUGGAUGGGAGGAAGAUGUGCAAGGAUGUGGAAGAGCUGCUGAGGCAAAGGGCCCAAGCAGAGGAGCGGUACGGGAAGGAGCUGGUACAGAUCGCCCGGAAAGCAGGCGGCCAGACAGAGAUCAACUCCAUGAGGGCCUCCUUUGACUCCCUGAAGCAGCAAAUGGAAGACAUUGGAAACUCCCACAUACAGUUGGCCCUUUCCCUGCGUGAGGAGCUCCGCAGCCUUGAGGACUUCCGAGAGAGGCAGAAGGAGCAGAGGAAAAAGUAUGAGGCUAUCAUGGACCGUGUCCAGAAGAGCAAACUGUUACUCUACAAGAAGGUCAUGGAGUCCAAGAAGACAUAUGAGCAGAAGUGCCGGGACGCAGAUGACGCUGAGCAGGCCUUCGAGCGUAUUAGCAUCAAUGGCCAACAGAAACAGGUGGAAAAGAGCCAGAACAAAGCCAAGCAGUGCAAGGACUCAGCCAUGGAGGCAGGUACGUGGCCCACCUGUCUCCUUAGACCUAGGUGGUGGAUUGUACAGACCCUCCCAACACUGCAUGCUUUCCUACCCUGGGGAUAUACACACUCACAGGCCUUCCAGCUUCAAGAGUUUGACAGGCUGACCAUCCUCCGAAAUGCCCUAUGGGUGCACUGCAACCAGCUCUCCAUGCAGUGUGUCAAGGAUGAUGAGCUCUAUGAGGAGGUUCGGGUGACGCUGGAAGGCUGCAGUGUGGAAGCCGACAUCAACAGCUUCAUCCAGGCCAAGAGUACAGGCACUGAGCCCCCAGCUCCAGUACUCUACCAGAACUACUAUGAUCGGGAAGUCACCAUAUCAUCUGGCAGUCCUGGCAUACAACCUUCCUGUGGCAUGAUAAAAAGAUUCUCUGGGCUGCUGCAUGGAAGUCCCAAGAAUACACAGUCGGCAGCCUCUGCAGGCCUCACUCUGCUCUCAGCCUCCACAGACACCCUGACUCCCAUCCCCAAUCAGAAUGAGGAUGUCUACGCUGCUGUCGCAGUGCAGGAGGCACCAGGACCCCCCCUGCCAGCCCAGGGAUACAGGGUGAUCUAUGACUACACAGCCCAGAAUUCUGAUGAGCUGGACAUCUCUGUUGGGGACAUCGUGGAGGUCAUCUUAGAAGGGGAGGAUGGCUGGUGGACAGUGGAACAGAAUGGACAGCGUGGCUUUGUACCUGGUUCCUAUCUGGAGAAGCUCUGAGGAAGGGGCAACAGCCCCCAUCUGGACCUGCCCGAUCUGUGGAGCCAGCAGUAUCUUCGUCACUGCAAGGCUGAGUCCCCAAGACCAAGCCAGUCCCAAACCUCAUGAGUGCUGGCUGUUCCCAUAGCAGUCUCUCAUACAGGGAAUAAAGGAGUACAUUCUUUCUC